GGGCUGCACCGGGUGUCCCUGCCGCAUCCGCACACACAGCUAGACGCCGCAGCCAACGCGGCCCCGUGGGAAACCGCGGCAGCGGACGGGACUGCGCAGGCGCGGCCCCGCCGCCGCCUCGGCGCGCGCGUCACUUCCCGCCUGGGCCGGCGGCCCGCGGCGGAGCGCGGCCCCAUCCUGACCCCCGGCGCGGGCCUGCUCAGGGAGGGCCGGCAUGGAGAAGCUGCGGCGGGUGCUGGCCGGGCAGGACGAUGAGGAGCAGGGACUGACGGCGCAGGUCCUUGAUGCCUCAACACUCAGCUUUGGUACUCGAGUCAGAUGGUUUGCCAUAUGCUUUAUUGCUGGCAUUUUAUGUUCUUUUCUUGGAACAGCAUUGCUAUGGCUCCCAAAGGGGAUUAAACUUUUUGCAGUGUUCUAUACCCUGGGAAAUAUUGCUGCUCUUGCCAGUACGUGUUUCCUGAUGGGGCCGCUGAAGCAACUGAAAGCAAUGUUUGAUCCAAAACGAUUAAUAGCUACGAUUGUGAUGUUGUUUUGCCUAAUAUUGACUCUGUGUGCUGUAUUCUGGUGGAACAAGAAAGGUUUGGCAAUGUUAUUCUGCAUAUUGCAGUUCUUGGCAAUGACCUGGUAUAGUCUGUCUUAUAUUCCUUUUGCAAGGGAUGCUGUGAUUAAAUGCUUCUCAUCCUGUCUAGGGUAAAUUAAAACCAGGAACCACUGUCUACUUCAAAAGGCAACUUUUUCCUUUGUAAAUUUUGCUCAAAAAACUCUACUUUGCCGCUUCUGAAAUACGCAGUAGCAGUUUAGUAUUUUCCUUGCCUUUUGCACUUGGGAGAUUAAAUAGUUUUUACUAGAAAUAGUUUUUAAAAUAAAUUUGAAGAAUUAUUUGUGUUUACCCUGGAACUUCCAGGCUUUUUUCUAACAAGAAAGUACAUUUAAAUACUUCAUACAGAGUAGUCUUAACACUACUUUGUAUCCAGUAACAGUUUAUUCCUCAGUGGAGGCAAGUCACUAAGACCUGGGUAGUAUGCAUUAAGAUUCCAUUUACAGUUCUGUUUAAAAUUUGCAAUGUGCCAUUUAUGUUUGUAUAUUAUCCAUUGUAUGCUCUUCCAAAGACAGAGUUUUAUAAACAUUGUAAAGAUUUGGAAGGUUGGAAUUAACUGCUGCUUUGAAAUGUCUAUACAUGUGCCUUAUGGGAAAAACUUAAUGAGAAUGUGAAAGGUAUGUUUAAAACCUGUUGGAUUUUAUUAAAAAAGUUGUAUUUUAAAUGUUUUUUUAAAAAACUUUCAUACCUAAAUACUUUUAACUAAAAGAACUUACGGCUAAUGUAUAAAUGGGACUUGUGAAAUAAAUUCAUUUUAAAAGUG